GUUUUAAUUAAUAAAUUAAGUGAUUAUAAAUGAUGUCUCGUUGAGUGAAUUUCUGGCCAUUUGUCCGAAACCCAUACGUGUCUCGCAUUUACCGAUGUCUUCGGCGCCGGACGACAGCCAAUCGUUGACUUACGAGUCGAUCUUCGAGUCGUUUGUCCGCCAAAAGUCAUUCAAAUGCCAUUACGACGGAUGCGACAAAUGUUUUCCCACUCAGAGUCGAUUGGAUUCGCAUAUAAGCCGAAGACAUGCCAUCGAUGGCAGCGCACAGUCCGGGGAACCGAUCGCCAAAUCAUCUCAUGUCAGACACCAAUCAUUGAGUGCAGCACUCGAUGACAGACAACAGACACCAGUCAUCAGUACUUCACUGUCGCUGACAAUAACGACAUUCACUACUAGUUCCAGUGCUAAAAGACAAUCGGUGGACAACUCUUGCAAUACUACUUCAUCCGAUGGCCAUCAACUGAGGCCAACAAUCACUACCACUAGUCAUACAUUCCCAUCGAUAACAAGCACUUCCGAUACUAAAUAUCAAUCUCAGAGCUCAACAAUCAGUACAACAUUCCCACACAUAAUAACCACAACCACUACUACUUCCAGUGCCGACAGACAAUGGCUGGACAUUAAGUACAAUAAUGAUUCGGACUCUGAUAUCGAACUCAUUGGUAGAGUUCCGCCCAAACGGCCCGCACGUAACCGAUCGCCCGUUGAUAUCAAGCCAUCGCUCAUAGACUCCAUACCUCUGGUGCCGGAAAUAGUCAACAAAGCGCCCGAAUCGGUCAUAACGUUGACGAGCGCUGGCAAUGAGCUAAUCCGUGACAUCGCGCCCGGCAUACGGGUGGUCAAGAAGCGUAAGGCGCCCGCAGAUCCACGAUUGGCCGCUAAAACUGCCAGAACAACUGCACCCGACCUGAUCCCGUGGCACCCGUGCCCUUACGUUGGCUGCCGCCAGACAUUUAACACCCAAUCAUUUUUGGCCACUCAUAUGCAGUCCGACCACUCAUACGUCGAUUGGUCGGCCGAUCAGCGCUUUCCGUGCGACAAAUGUCACCUCAAGUAUAGCACAGAACUCGCGCUUCACAGCCAUCAAGCGGUGGCGCACCCGAAGCCCACGCCCACCACCGCUGAGAACGCCUCACCAGACCUGAUCCCGUGUCCAUACAUUGUCUGCGGGCAAGCAUUCAAAUCGCAAUCAUUACUGUCCACUCAUCUACAGUCUGUGCACUCAUGGGUGCAGUGGUCGGCCGAUCAGCGCUUUCCGUGCGACAAAUGUCACCACAAGUAUAGCACAGGACUCGCGCUUCAUAACCAUCAAGCGGUGGCGCACCCAAAGCCCACGCCCACCACCACCGAGAAAGCCUCACCAGACCUGAUCCCGUGUCCAAACAUUUACUGUCGGCAGACAUUCACAUCGCAAUCAUUACUGUUCACUCAUCUACAGUACGUGCACUCAUGGGUGCAGUGGUCGGCCGAUCAGCGCUAUCCGUGCGACAAAUGUCACUUCCAGUAUAGCACAGAAAUUGAGCUUCACAGCCAUCAAUCGGUGGCGCACCCGAUGCCCACCCCUGUGGCCACCUCUAUGCCCAUCCCUGACCCCCAAACUAAUGAUGGCAAUAGCUUU